AAAACAAAACCCUGCACGUCUAAUUCAAGAGAUGUUUUGCUUUCACUUCAUUUCUUCCCAAACCCAAAAUCCAGAGUCAAAACGAUUCUCUAGUUAGGCGCCACAAUUCAGAACUAAAAAUAAAGUUCGCGAUAGCCACCUUGCAUCUUUCUAACCAAUCAAGAACCGCCACGUCACUAGUCUCUCAAAGAAAAAGUGCAGGUGAAGCCAGCUGUGGAGGUGUAAUUGGAGGGUAUAGAAACAAAUAUCCAUAUCCGAGUGCAGAGUAUAAUUCGGAGACAUAGUCAUAAUUCAGAAUUCAGCGUCCCCAACCAUAGCAACCGCUUUAUUGAUUGAUUCCACUUCAAAUUUGGGCACCGCUUAAAAUCUAAGAAUUUAGAUCUAAAACUGACACUACUCUCACUCGAGUCGCACGCAGAGCCCAGAAACACAAUCUCUUUCUCACUCUAACAACAAUGCCUCCCACUGAAGGAGACUUCGAUCUUAGGCAACCUUCUCAAUCUGCCUUCGCAGCCGGAGAGUACACGUUCGCCGAUGUGGAGAAUUUGGAGCAUUGUGCUAAGUAUCUCAACCAAUCGCUCGUCACUUUCGGAUUCCCUGCUUCGCUCGAUCUCUUCGCAAAUGACCCCGUUUCCAUUGCGAGGACGUGCAAUUGCAUUUACUUUCUGCUCCAACAGAGACAGCGCGAUGUCGAAUUUAGAGAGUCUGCUAAUGAUCAAAGACAACGACUGUUGUCUGACAUCUCGAGGUUAGAAGCCAAAGUGGAGAGGCUCGAAGGUCAACUACAAGUCAAAGACAGGGAGAUAGCGACUAUUACUAGAACAGAAGCUAAAAACACGGCAGCUUUGAAGGCUCAAAUUGAGAAGCUGCAGCAGGAGAGGGAUGAGUUUCAGCGAAUGGUUAUUGGCAAUCAGCAAGUAAAGACCCAACAGCUGCAUGAGAUGAAGAAGAAGGAAAAGGAAUACAUAAAAUUGCAGGAGAGACUAAACCAAGUUUUAAUGGAGAAAAAGAAAGAGUCUAGGUCGGGCAUGGAGAUAAUGAAUUUGCUUCAGAAGGAAGGGAGGCAACGAGGAACAUGGAAUGGGAAGAAGGCUGACAAUGAUUUUUACAAGAAGAUUGUGGAUGCUUACGAGGCAAAAAAUCAAGAACUGAUGGCAGAGAAUACUGAUUUAAGAGCAUUGUUGAGAUCAAUGCAGGUGGAUAUGCGUGAUUUCUUAAAUGCACCUAACGGACUACCUAAGCAAUCUCUCACAGGCAAUGAAAGAGUUGAAAGUGAUCCUUCACAAUCUCCAUUGGUUGGGAAAAUGGACGUAUUUGACCUACCUUUUCAUAUGGCCAGAGAUCAAAUAGAAGAAAGCCUUCGUAACAAAAUGGCUUCUAUAAAGGAGCGCAUGGUUCAAUUGCAAGAUGCUCAAAAGGGAGCAGAAGUUACUUCGGAGGCUACUGAGAGGGAACUUGAACUCGAAGCUCAGCUUGUUGAAGCAAGAAGCAUCAUACAGGAGCAGGCAUCAAUAAUGUCUAAACAUCUUGCAAAAUCUGAUAGGCCAAGGGAUUCUAUCAUUCCAGCACCGGCUGAGGCAGUAUGUAAUUAACAAAACCGUGGCUACUCAUUUGAUGCAUCGCAUGAUCAACUGAGUUGGUUCUGCAGUAUAACAGGCACGGGCAUCGUUCUUUUAGACUAUUUAACUAAUCUCGCUUGUUCAUCCUGCUCUGCCGUAGUUUAUGUUAACAGGCAGAGUAUGGUUGAACGUCUUUGUAAUUACUAGAAGGAUGUUGUAAUUAGUGUUAUUGUAUCCUUGAAACUGGUAGAAGAAAAAUUAAAUAUUAUUUAUGUCACAACUUCACAAGGACCAUUCAAACUACGUAGCAUUUAAAAUCGACAGCUAGAGUAGAGAUUUUAUGAUA